UAGUUCUUGAUAACUCGUUCUUCAAAGUUUUACCAGCGUUUUGUUUUCUGUGUCUUUCUCAAUUCAUUGGAUAACACCUCGCCAUGUAUUACUCCAUGACAUAUGAAUUAACGGGGAGAUGGCCGCUAAGAAGAGACGGAUUCAUAGUUUUACAGUAGCGUGAUUACAGGGCAUCAUGAUCGUGCUUUUACCUGACGAGGUUGUUGCGUGCGCGUGUCUAUAAAAUGAGAGCCAAGUUUGUGAAGCAGCGACAAGGUGAGGAAGGAAAAGAAGACCUGAAGGAGACCAGAUGGCCUUUGGGGGAUGGUAGUAGCUGAAGCCGAACCCUAACUUUUAGUAGUGGAAGCUUAGUUUUGGGAAACGAUUAUGAAGGGUUUUCUUGAAUGCGUACCUUGCUGUGGUGGCCACGCAUUCCGACUCCGGCAGACGGUGGUGCCGACCACUCCACCGCGUAGGGAUGACACACGCUCUUUCGGAUAUGGCCGUCGCCGUAGUUUGAACACCUCCAACUCGGUCUCUUCCUCCUCGUCAUCGUCUACUGCGGCUCAGUGGCAACCUAAGCUUUGCUCGAUUUCAGAGGAUAAAGCGAUUUCGACAGUGGUAGAGAAAGCAGAGGAAGCUGCCAGAUCCAGCAAGAAAGUUUCCCGCAAGAACUCUUCAAGAGCUAAAAUUCGUGUCCGUACCUCAUAUGGCGAUGAUUUCGGGCGAGCUUCGGUUCCAUUGGCCAUCCCUGCGUUCUCUCCGACUGCAUUCUUAUUUUGAUUCAUCCCCAGAUGGCUUCUAUGUCUUGGCAGUUGGCAUUGGUAUGGGAAAUUUCAUUGACUGAGGGAGAGUGUACAUUUGUAGAAGUAUAUUUAUAUCAUCUUCAUGAGCUGUAUGAAGUCUGAUUCUCUAGAUGAGAUGAGAGAUCCUUGCUGAGGCAAUUACCGACAACAGCAGCAAAAAAAGAAAGGGAGAGAUCCAGAUCUGUUGUUUCAGUUCUGAAUAACUCUGGGAAUCGAUGUAAUUGCAUCUAGAUGAUGGGCUUAUUAAAUCGUUUAGCUUUUUUUUUUUCGGAUU